GAAGAGAUAGGACUUAUUCAGCAGACAGGGAUGAAUUGGUACAGUGUGUGCGUGGAUGGAAACAGCUUGGUACCUUCAGUUGUAUUUAUUAGAUACUAUUAUGUGCUAUGGAGCUUUAACUGUUAAGCUGAUUUGAAAGGAAGGCAAUGCAGAUAGUUCACCUUGACAUACAGCUAAUAUUGUUCCACCUUGGACUUUUGGAUUACAACAAAGAAAAGAAGGCAUUACUAACAAAGUGGACUUAAGUAUCCGGACUGCUUGCAUGGGAAAGGAUCGGAGAUUUUAAAGUCUUUAUCCCUGACCACAGAUUUUGGGCUGUGGUGAAACCAACUCAAGCUGGAACCAAGCAAAGCAUACACGGGUACCAGACAGGUGCUGCAGCCUAGGGUCAGCCCCAGCAGUAGCAGCAGCAGCAGCAGCAGCAGUGGUGUCAUUGGUCCGAGACUGUCCCCCACAGCGGAGACCCCAGCCCCCUCUGACCCCAGGACCAUGUCGCAAGCCGGGAGGAGGUUCCACAACAAAAAGGCCGGUAUCCGAGCGGCGGUCAUCCUCAUAGGACUCCUGCAUAAGUCCAGGAAAGCCAAAGAGAAAGAGAGGGAGCGGGAGGAGAGCGAAGGGAAACAGGAGCUGCUGAACAUCUCCACUGUCCAGCUGGGAGAAUGUCCGCCUUCUCCGCCCCGCACCGCUCCCCCCAGCAUGAAGUCUGCAGAGUUCUUCGACAUGCUGGAGAGGAUGCAGGUCCCAAAGGCCGAGGAGCCCAAAAGGUGGAAGGAUGACUACAUACCGUAUCCAAGGAUAGAAGAUGUCUUGGAGAAGGGCGGUCCGUACCCUCAGGUCAUCCUCCCACAGUUUGGGGGGUACUGGAUCGAGGACGCGGAGGCAUCCGCAGGGACCCCUUCGUCCUCAGAGUCCAGUUUCUGUGACGAUGAAGACAGCAGAGACGGCAUGAGUCCAGGAGGGGGCAGCACCUACAGACUGGAAUGCAACAGCACGGCCCGCGCAUAUCGCAAACACUUCCUGGGAAAGGAACACAUGAACUACUACUGUACGGGCAGCAGCAUCGGAAACCUCAUCAUGUCUUUAAAGCACGAGGAGGCAGAGGGACAGGAGUUUCUACAAAUAAUUCUCAGAUCGAGGACCAAAACGAUUCACGACAGAAUCUCAUUAGCAGGAAUCAACCAGCUGCCCAGUGUCCCGCAGGUCGCAAAGCUGUUUUGUGACGACGCAACAGGGCUCAAGUUCAACCCAGUCUUGUAUCCAAAGGGCUCCCAGUUGAUAGUGGCCUAUGACGAGCACGAAGUAAACAACACUUUCAAAUUCGGCGUCAUUUACCAGAAGUUUGGGCAGACCUCAGAAGAAGAGUUGUUUGGAAACAACGAAGAAACGCCGGCUUUCAAGGAGUUCCUGAGUGUCCUCGGAGACACCAUCGAGCUGCAGGAUUUCAAAGGGUUCCGUGGGGGUCUGGACGUGUCUCAUGGUCAGACUGGUUCCGAGUCAGUCUACACGGUGUUCAGACAGAGAGAGAUCAUGUUUCACGUCUCCACCAAACUCCCCUUCACUGAGGGAGACGUGCAGCAGCUGCAGAGAAAGAGGCACAUAGGGAAUGACAUUGUGGCUGCAGUCUUCCAAGAGGAGCCCACGCCUUUCGUCCCGGACAUGAUCGCCUCCAACUUCCUCCACUCGUACGUGCUGGUGCAGGCCGAGAACCCCUGCACUGAGGACACCACCUACAAGGUGUCGGUCACAGCAAGAGAAGAUGUGCCUCCGUUUGGACCUCCACUGCCAAAUCCUGCUGUUUUCAAGAAGGGCCCAGAGUUCAGAGAGUUUUUGCUGACGAAGUUGAUCAAUGCUGAAAACGCCUGCUACAAAUCUGACAAAUUUGCAAAACUGGAGGGGCGCACACGAGCUGCUCUCCUGGAUAAUCUCCACGACGAGCUGCACCGCCAGAGUCAGACCAUCCUGGGCCUGGGUCAGAGUGGAGACGACGACAAACUGGAGAACGGGGGGCACGGGGGGCUGCUCGAGUCCUUUAAGAGGGCGAUGCGGGUCAGAAGCCAUUCAAUGGAGACGAUGGUGGGGUCUCAUCGCCACAGGAGCCCGGGUGUGGGGGGAGGAGUCCCGGCCAGUCUGAGCGGAGGAGGGCUGCCCCAGAGCACCAGCGAAUGCACAAAGAGCACUUUUACUCCUCCUGGUUUAUCUGCCAAGUCUCCGCUCAAAAGCCCAGUGAAGCGACGCUCAGGCCUUUUCCCACGUCUGCACUCCAGCACAGAAAUCCCCUCGUCAGACAAGAGCACACGCAGUGAGCACAAGCCUUUAGAGAUCUGCCCGUUGUCCCAGGAAAUGCGGUCAGACACUCCGUCCAACCCCAGCUCCCCCGAGAUCUGCCCCAACAAGGAAAGACCAUUAUUCAAGCUGAAGGACUGCAGCAGCGGACGACCAAACAUCUCGCGAUCCUCGUCCAGCACCAGCAGCUUCAGCAGCACCACAGGAGAAACAGAGGCUCUGGAGGACCUCGAGUCUGCCCACCUCCCCUCUGUCUCCACCUCCUCCUCCGCCUUUAGCCCCGCUCCCAGCGUCGACAGCCAGGGGUCAGGAACACCGGUCAUCAUGUGCCGCAGCCCCACAACAGACGGGAAAAGUAAGACAUCGCCGAGGUCAAAUUUGAAGUUCCGCUUUGACAAAAUGAGCCACUCGUCGACAGCCUCCGAGUAGCUUUGUGGCCCCGACAUAACAGACUUGCACAACAAAGAGACUGACCGCAAAGGCUCAUGGGAAAAAAUAUCCGUCCACCAUAUGGCUUCUUUGUCGACCACUUCCUUAAGCCAAGGAUUGUACAAAAAACAUGAAGUCUGGAGUCCUUAUAUUGACGAAUACUGUGAGUGUAUAGGAAGAAGACGCACUUGAAAUGUUGGCUCUUCGCUGGCUUCGUUUGUGUGGCAAAAAUCAGUGAAUAUUUUACUACCAGUUGCUGCAUAUUUGUUAUUCUUUGCAUCAUAUGGAAGUCUUGGCAUAGCUGUACUACUGUGAGUGUAGGCUGGCGUUGUUUCAUGCCAGUUUUUUUUUAAAUAGAAGCACAGAAAGAAAAUAAAUAUUGCUUUUUGAAUAGGCUGUCAGACACUUAGACAUUUCCUUUUUGCCUUGAGUGCUGUGUCUGCUCCUAGUUCCUCGUCUGACAAAAAAAAAAAUCCAAACUACACAGAAAUGCCUCUAGACUAGAUCCAUAGA